CUGCUGCUGUACAUACCUCUUAGACACACCUUGAAACUGGACCAUGACAAGGAAUGGGGGGGCUUCCAAGGGGAGUAAGGCGGCAAGCUGUGCUUUCAUGGGCCGUCUCGACCUCUUGACAACCGCGAUCUACCCCCACGAGCUACCACAAGAGGACGAACGAGAUAGUCCUCCCCCGUUCUCGCUGACCUCCUUCUCGGCCGUCCUCUCUGCCCUGGCCGGCAUUGUCAACCUCUCGGGGCAUGUCUUCCGACCGCUCGUGGUGGUCUGCCUGUCAACUCUGCUCGUCCUUGGGAUUGCGAGAAACUACUGCAUCGCCGCGGGAUUGGCCCUGUUAGUACACCGCAUGUUUUUCGACGGAAGGUUUGAGGAGCUUAAGCGCCUGUCGCAUCUGCGACCUGGGCUUCACUGCGGCCGUACGGCGCGAACCGAUGCGAUUAUCUCGAUGGUAACCGCGCUGCAGCACCCUCAUUACAAAGGCACGCCCUGGAUAAUCGGAGGGGACCUGGCUACGCUGUACCCUUUCUUGGCGUUUCGCUCUUUUGCGUUUCACGUCCCGGUCGUCAAGUACGCCAGGCGCUGGCUAAGCGUGGAUGCCGACGACACCCGCACCAACGGCACCAAAGCGCAGGAAGUCGGCGGUGGUAACGGUACCAACGGUGGGAUUGGCGUUAACCACGACUCUCCGGACAGUCUUGACGGCUUCACGACCUGCGGCGGGACCCCGAGUGCUCCCGGAGCGGUCCCUUCUGCCGCCAACGGCCAUGGAACGGGGGGUGAUGGCAAGGGUCUGGAUGACGGCGAUAACAAGGAGGCAGUGGCUUUGGACAUUGCUUUGCCGGAUACGGGUUUGGACCCUAGCAAACCGUUUUACCUUGUUCUGCACGGCCUCACUGGGGGAUCGGCGGAGCCAUACGUGUUGGAUUUCGUUACUCACGCGCUCGGAAGGGGCUGUGGCUUGUGCGUCAUGAUUUCGCGAGGCUGCAUGGGGACACCCGUUCGCGGCGACAACUUUUUCCAUGGGGCAAGAAUUUCAGAUGUGAGGUCGACCGUGAAGGCUCUUCGCCGGUCGCUCCCGGAGCACACGCCCCUGGUCAUGGUUGGCUACUCCAUGGGCGGCAUCAUUGCCACGAACUACGCGGCCUUGACCGGAGAAAACAGCGGUGUUAGCUGCUGCGUGUCCAUCUCUGGGAGCUUCGAUACAAGAACGAACAUCGAGUCGCGACACAGCCAACAGGUUUGGCAACCGUUGCUGGCGAUGGCUCUGAAAGAACACUUCGUCCUCAGCAACACGCGGGAAAUUGUGAAAAGGGGUCUGAAUGUUUCAGCAAUCGAGGCCUGCAAGAACGUUCUAGACAUCGACACGCAUCUGGUCGCGCCUUACAACGGAUACCCUGAUGUGGCGGCGUACUACGCCGAUAUGAGCGCCGCAGCAGACGGCAAGAUCGCAGGUCUAAGGACGCCGACGCUGGCGGUAACAUCGCUUGAUGAUCCUAUCAUGACAGCGGACGGCUCGCCGAUCGCGGAGGUCGAUACCAUCAAGAACCUGUUCAUCUUGCUCACACGGAACGGAGGCCACGUGGGGUGGCCGACAGGUUGGAAUCCAAACCGGAACAGAUGGGGUUGGAUGAGCACAACGUCCCUAGACUUCUGCGAAGCGGUCGUGGCCACCGCUGACUUGUGACCAACACGUCUUUUGGGACGCCAAAGAAAACCUUUGGACGACUACAGUGCGGUCUCUCUUUCCAAAAGGACCAGGCGCGAUCGAGAGGUAGCUGCGCGAGUCGAGCUGAAUUCACCACGCCGAGACAAUGGUGCUGUUCGUUGGCAGGGUCCUCGGAAACUACGGUUGUCUUUGUGUUAGCGGGUCGCGCGCGUGUAACGGGUGUGUCUGCGGGGGCACGCAAUGCCUAUGCCACUGGGGGGGGCGCCGCUUCUCCUCGUCGAAACGUUCAGGCCCGACGUCAUUCGGUAUUUUGCUUCGGCCUAGAAGUGGAACGCGUCUAAGUAUGGCGGCCUUCAAACAAGCCGCCAUUGUUGUGAAGGAAGUCAGCCGAAAGGGGGGGAACCUUGUACAGUACGGCGUGAAAAGAAACAGAGCUGAAUCUCCAUUGCUCUAUUCGAGCAUUCUCGCGAUGCUCUUGGGUGUUUCGUGUCGAUCUAUGCCGUGCUGUACGAGGACAUCUUUGGAUGUCCGUGUGGUGUAUGCAAGUUUUGGGUUGUAUGAAGACCAGUCUCUUUUGUUGGGUGCGUCAACUUCGGCGCGUAUUCGGAUGCGUAGCGCCCGGCCAGUAUUCGUGGCCCAAGUAAAUGUGAAUCAACCUUUGAACAUGUCUUCGCGUUCCUCCGUCAUGUUAUCGAUUGCGGUUCC